GUGUGUGAAGAAGAAGCACAGGACCAAGCCCUUCCAGUGAAGGGCGAGGCAUGUGAGGAAGCUGACAGGGAAGCAGAGAAGGAAGGAGGAGAUCGAGAGGGGGAGGGGGAGGAGGAGGAAGGUGAGGAGGUGGAUGAGGAGGUGGUGCCGGAUGUAGAGAUGGCUGCAGAGGUGGUGGAUGAGCCCACGGAGCAGCCGGAGGUGGUUGCCGCUGAGGAAGGCGUGGAGGCUCAUGAGGACGAGGGCGGGGGUGAGGGCGGUGGCGCGGUUGCCGAGUGCCUGGAGGCGGAGGGGGAGGAGGAGGAGGAGUGCGCGAGCGACGCGGAGGCCAUGGAGGUCCCGGAUGACGUCGAAGAG